GUUAGCUGCGAAACAAGAUGCUGUUACAGUCAUAGAAGUCUUAUGCGUACACGACUCCGAUUUCAAAAUCUGAACGGAAUAUAAACUCUCGACGACGAAAAUCUCAAAAACCCCAAAAUCUCCUCCAACUCCGAGUUAUGGCUACAUGUUCCCUCUUACCACCACCGUCUUUUUCUCCGCGCCGGCGAUUCUGUAGUUUUUCUCACAAUCGCCGGUCUCUACCUUCAAUAUUCAGUUUCAACAAAGAGCGUGUCUCACGAAGAGUCUUCUGUAGCUCCAAAGAGAACGAUAUAAACAGAGAUCGGAAUCAGUCUACAGGAAUUCAAGUCUACGGCGAAAUCGAGAGGUUAUUAACAGAGACUGUAAAAAAUUCUCAGAGUAGCUCCGGUGGAUCCUCUGAUUGGUCAGAAGUUGAGGGAGCAUGGGUGCUGAAACCAAGAAACUCGAAACCGAAGAUGGUUGUUCAUUUCAUUGGCGGUAUAUUUGUCGGUGCAGCACCACAGCUUACUUAUCGAUUGUUUCUCGAGAGAUUAGCGGAGAAGGAUGUUUUGGUUAUUGCGACACCAUAUGCUAGUGGUUUUGACCACUUCAAUAUUGCAGAUGAAGUACAAUUUAAGUAUGAUAGAUGUUGCCGAUCUCUACAAGAAGAAGUGCAGGAUCUUCCGUCUUUUGGGAUCGGUCAUUCACUGGGAUCUGUUAUUCACCUUCUGAUUGGAUCAAGGUAUGCUGUUCAGCGAAAUGGGAACGUAUUUAUGGCAUUCAACAACAAGGAAGCAAGCUUAGCUAUUCCUUUGUUCUCCCCAGUUCUUGUCCCGAUGGCUCAAAGCCUUGGACCACUGUUGUCACAGGUGGCAACAUCCCCAACAAUCCGCCUUGGGGCAGAGAUGACGCGAAAGCAAUUAGAAACGCUUAGCCCUCCCAUCAUGAAGCAAAUUCUGCCUUUAGUGGAACAGCUCCCUCCCUUGUACAUGGACUUAGUAAAGGGAAGAGAAGAUUUUGUUCCAAAACCAGAAGAAACAAGACGCCUUAUAAGAUCCUACUAUGGAAUCUCUAGGAAUCUGUUGAUAAAAUUCGAGGAUGAUUCAAUAGAUGAAACAUCAAUCCUAGCUCAGGUGCUUGGUGUGGAAUCAUCCAUAAGCUCAAAGCUAGACAUGUCUAUCCGUACACUGCCCGGAGAUCACGGUCUCCCUCUGCAACAGGCUCUUCCGGAUGUUCCACCAGGAAUGGCAGAAGCGGUGAAUCGAGGAAGUGAGUUUUUAGCGAAUAUUGCUGUCGGGACUCCGUGGGAAUCUAUGGCUAAAGAGGUUGGAGGUUCGCUGGGAAUGGACUCGAAGAUCCUUCGUGCUGACAUGUCCAAAGAUCUUGCGCAGCUCGUUGAUGCAAUCACUUCUUGGAUGAUUUCAAAUAUGGGUCCAAAGCUUCUGAGACCAUAAUGUUUUCUCAUGUACACAAAACAUACAAAAAUCUAUUAACACAGGGCGAUUGCAUACUAUUUAAUGUAAUGUAACUGUAUAUAUUAUAACAUGAAGAGUUUGGUUAUACAUA